AUUUGAAGAGGGCGCUGUCAAUAAAUGUCAACUACCUCUGUGGUACAAAAAGGAGCGGUCGUCUAACGUUGAAGUGGUGUGUUAAAAGUAGUAUCUCGGUUCACAAUGUCGAAAAAUGCAUUUUAUUUCUUCAUGCUCGACUGGGCGAAAGAGCAAGAACGUCGUGGUUUAUCUGCCCCAAAAAACUUCAAAGAACUCUCGGCGGCUUGCAGCGAUGACUGGAAGAAUCUUUCAUCACAAAAAAAGGGAAUUUAUAAAGCUAGAGCAAAACAAUAUAAGAUUAAGUCACAGAGCAAUGCGAGUACAGACAAGAAAACUACAACUGGAGAGAGCUUGGCCUUACUAGAGUUACAAGAAAAGAAAGAACAGGAAUUUCAUCAAAAUAUGCUUAGGUACAUAGAAUCUGUUGUCUCCUUAGGUGUACUACAUAACAACUUGCCAAAGUUGAAAUUCAUAUUCAUACAUACAAAUUGGUUUUGCAAAAAAAAUAUAGGAAUCAAUAAAUAUGAGUUUUUCCCUGCAGAAUUUGCAGUUGCAGAAUUUAGUAUAGAAAAUGGCAUUGAAGAUAUAUACCACGAAUUGUUAAAACCAAAAAUACCUUUAGGCUGGAGAAGAGAUGCAAUAGAAAUUAGCCAGCAAACACAUCAGAUUCCUAUUAAUUUAGAAGAUGGAGAAAAUGAUUUUUCACUUAUGUACGAUAAGUUCACCAAAUUUUUGGAUGCUAGGAAGACUGGAAAUAAAUAUCCCCCAUUAUUUACUUUGAAAGACUUGUACCCUGCUGUAGAAUCAUUACUAAUGAAAAUGAUUGAUGAUGACAGAGGAUGUUUGGAGGACUAUUUAAUCUAUUCGAUAGAAGCGCUAUUUACAGAAUUGAGGAAUACUGCUAUAAAGAAUGUGAGCUCCCAUGAUCUUCCUCUUGUAAUUGGAGAGUAUCGAUUUUCCAAAGAUUACUUUUCCGAUAGACGUGGCUACGAGUGUGAUUUCCAUAAAAUUAUAGAUGUUACUCAAUAUUGUAGUAAAUCGAUAGUAACACGAUGGGGUUUCUUAAUAUGCGAUUAUUGUUGUGACUAUUUAGAUAUAGAAAUGAUUGAAGGCGUGCAUCGUCCACACGACCUGCACUUCGACAUUAAUAUUGAAAAACAAAUGUAUGAUAUUCAGUGUCGUACAAAAAAAUUAAAUAUCGAGAGAGAACAAACUACUAAAGUGGAUAAAGUAUCUAUAGAGCAUAAAAAUGAAAUAUCUCAACGAAGUGACAAAGAAAAAUUAAAUCGAUGGAAUGCGGAUACAUCUAUAGAUAGAAUUGAUAAUAUUAAACCCGGUACAUCUCAAACAAACACCGCAACUUUAAAUAUGCCAAUGCGGCCGUUACGUGCGCCUAAAACAACGGCUCAAGCUCUUGAGAUAGAUGAAACUAUUGAUCCAUUAAACGAAGUCAAUUUCCCACCAAUUGGUGGACGAGGUACUACAAUUCAUAGAAAAAACAAUGUACCGAUUAAACUGCCUUUGGGAAGAGGACGUGGAAGAUAUUAAGUAAAUAACUUUUGACGCUAUACAUUGAAUUUUUUCUAUGCCAACAAAUUUACAAAUAAUAUUUAAGAUAUAUUCUUAUAAUUAAGACUUACAUGAUAUAUGUAUAGUUGAUUUUACAAAAAAAAGAAAAAUAAUAUUUUGUUACCAAAUUAGACAAAGAAAAAAGACGUUACCAAAUUUUUGACAAAAAUAUAAUAUGAAUACUAUUAUCUUCAAUGUCUGGUUAUGGAUGAAAGAAAAUGCAAGACUGUUUUACAAAUUUUUUUGUAAUUUUAAAUCUGAUUCUGUUGAUUGUGUACUUUGAACUCAUCAUUCAGACUAUAAAUUUUAUUUUAAAAAGUUUCUUCUUUAAAAUUGUACUCAAUGUAAACUAUAUUACACAUUUUUAAAUAUGUUAAAAUUAAAAUUAUAUUACACAAAUUGAAUAAUGAAAUAAAAAAUUUAGUUUUUGAAGUUUUUAGUUAAAUCUUCUAACUAAAUAAAUAUUAUCAUGCCAAUAAACAAAGUAAUGCCAUCUAACAAAAAAAACUUUUUAUGUGAUAGAACUUCCAGUAGUGCCACGUGUUUCCAAUAACAUUGAAAGUAUUUGGCAUUGUAAUACAAGUUGGUGAAUGUAUUUAUCCUUACACGUAUCUUCUUUCCUUGUCUAAUACGAUAUCUUCGUUCCUUGUCUAGCAUAUAGAUUAUAAAAAAGGCAAGGAAUAUUUCUAUACCGUUGUUAAUACACAGAGUAAAUAGAUAGGAUUUUGUAAUAUGAAGAAAUCAUAUACUUAAUUUUCUAUCCUUUUUUCAUUUAUAUACUUUUCUUAGCUAACAUACCUUACCAUUACUCUGGUUUCCUAUUAAGUUUCUGCAAAAUCUAGUGAGAAAUUAUAAAAUAUUUUUAUCAUUUUCUACAUGUUGUUUCUUAUCAGUGAGAUUUUUCUUAUCGCUUACAAAUACUAACAUACAAUAAAAAUAAAAAUUAAGAAAUAAUAUUUUCACUUAUA